UUACAGUUUUCUGAUCGAAUUUAUUUCUGGUAACCCGUUCAGUUGUUAGUUAUCAUUGUGGAUUUGUUUGAGAUCGUUGCUGUGUUUGCCGUGUUGCCCUGUGUAUUCGGUGCAUUAUGUUUUGAUAUGAAGGUCAACGCAAUAUGUCAUUUUUUGGAUGAUGAAAAUUCGCUCAAUAUUCAAAAUGUCUAAUACUUUGAAGUUUAUUAUUUGGUGUUAUCUAGUUCAUUCUAAUUAUGCGGCUCGACGUCCAGUUUCGCCAUGUCCUAAUGUUUUUCAGUUCGAAGGAGAACCAGAAAACGAUAGAUGGUCUGGUGUGAUUAACUUUUCAUCAAAUAUUGAACUAGCCGGUCUGACAUAUAAAAUUCAAUUGGACAGACCAUCUCAAUUAUUAGUGUCAUGGGAUGGAGAAGUACGAUCGGAUGACAAUACUUUGUACCAUGUAAAUAACCAGUAUCGAGUUCAGAGGCCUGGAGAAAUGGGAAGAGCACAAAUCAUGGUGAAAUUUGAUCCAGCUUUUGGUGUUCCGAAUAUCGCUAAAAUUGUGAUCAAUGGAAAUACCGUUUGUUCUAUUAAUGGAGACGGAAGGCCUAACGGACAAAACAAUGGAAAUCGUGUACCAGGAGUUGUUCUAUCAGCUGAUUCGACUACAACCGAGAGAUUCGACCCAAGUUUCAACGAAAAUGAAGACAAUAGACCAGAUUAUACUUAUGGUUCGCAGAGUGGCAACCCCAAUUAUGGACCUAAUUAUAAUCAAGGGAAUGCUAAUUCCAAUAUACCAAAUCGAGUACCUACUAAUGUCAAUAACUACGGAAAUCAGAAUAUACCUUCGAAUAAUUAUGGAAAUUCAAACGGCCCCUAUGGCGGAACUAGCAAUACAAAUGCUGGUUCUUUGGGUAAUCCGAAUUACGGUAACUCGAAUCAAGGAAACCAUAACGGUCCUUCUGAUGUCAUUUAUCCGUCGAAUAAUUAUGGAAAUUCAAACGGCCCCUAUGGCGGAACUAGCAAUACAAAUGCUGGUUCUUUGGGUAAUCCGAAUUAUGGUAACUCGAAUCAAGGAAACCAUAACGGUCCUUCUGAUGUUAUUUAUCCGUACAAUCCUCAAAUUCAAUCAGGAUCCGGUUCCUCUUACAAUCCUACAAUUCAGUCAGGCUCGGGUUCCAUUUAUGGAAACAAUCGGCCACAAUCUUCUGAUAAUAACUACAAUAAUCCCAAUCAAGGAGGAGGAGGAAAUUGGCCGAACAAUGGUGGCGGAGUAAAUGGUGGAUUUUCUAAUAACAAUGCUAAUUCGAGCAAUACAGCCGUUUACAGUGCUAAUAACCAGCAACAAAUUCUUCAACUUGUAAACAACUUAUUAAAUCAGCAACAAAAUCAAAAUGCCAGUUCACCAGCUUUCGUAGUUGCCAUUUUACCUGUGCCUGGCUCGCCUGAGCCUGUAAUCACACGUAAUGACUCACUGAUAACCACCGAAAAUACUCAAAAAUUCAAGACAACUGCCAACUCAAAUUUUACAACGCCAACAACACCUACAACGUCUUCUACUACGAGCAGUGUAAUUAACAGAAUUCGAACAAGCACUUCUACUUCGAAUGCAAAACCAACGAAUAAUAAUGGCAAUGGCAAUAGUAGGAGCUAAGACUGAUUUUUAGAAUAAAAUUGAUCUAGAUAAAUGUAAUUAGAUACCUGUUAUUUUUCAUAAGCCAUAAUUUAUUUUAAUUACUGAUUACCUACAUAUAAGUAUUUCAUUUACCUAUUUGUAUCAAUUUUAUACUAUGUUAUACUCACAUGUACUAUGUCUGUAGUGAUACUAUUAUUUAUACGUUGCCAUUUGCGUUUUUUUUCAUUUUGUUAGUUUAAAUUUGACAUUUCUCAAAAUGAGUAUGCCUAACAUGUUUUGCAUUUUUUUAUCUUUAAAAUAAUAUAAAAUAUUUUCUUUA